AUGUCCUGUGAAGAGUUCAUGCAAACUCAGUUAUUUCCUAUAAAACCACAGGCUGCCUCACACCCCCUUCUCCGCCCUCGUUUCCACGGCAACCCUGUCAGGGUGGAGGAGAGGAGCGAAUCAUGUGAGAGUGAUCGAGGCUGCGUACGAGGGAGCUCAUGCAUCACAUCAGAGCCGUCCUUCACUCAUUCGUCCUUCUCCUCUAAAGCAGACACGGAAAGCUGCGUUCAUGCCAAAAUGGGAUGUGGAAAUUCCUCCGCCACCAGCACGACAGCAGGAGGUCCAGCAGAAGCUGCCAAGGAUGUGACAGAAGAACCUUCACCGGAUGAUGAGAAACGAAGGAACUAUGGAGGAGUGUAUGUGGGCCUUCCUGCUGAUCUGACCACAGUAGCUGCCAGCCAAUCAAAAUCCACACGCAAAGACUGAAAGCAGAUCACAUGAAACGGCAACGCUAAAGCCACUUUGGAACCCAAGCUCCGCAGUCGCAGAUUUACAACGGACAUUAAGGCGAUAUUCAAGGAUCGAGCUGUUUUUGGAUCUGGUCGGAACCACUUCGGAAUGACAUCACCGUGACAUCAUACCGGCUGGCGUACAGAAGAGUUCUGUUUGGAACACUGAGCAUUAUUGUGACUAUGAAUGUAGACUCUGUUGCCAUGGUGACCGUCGACCCCCCCUGACCUCUCUCUCCUCCCUCCGCCAGGAGGACAUCCUGAUAUUUCGGAGUCACCAUGGCAGGGCAUUUUCUGAGUCUGGAGACCCGAUCAACUGUACGUCUCUGCAAUAACAGACUGAAUACUGAAUCUAUUCUUUCAGUUUUUCUUAGACUAAUUCGCUGAGAUGAUGAUGAUGAUGUAAGUAUUUUACACACAGUAUGUAAGCACGAAAAAAUAAUUUAGUCAAGAUGUUUAGCACUAACAUGACUAGAGCUGUUGACAUGACUACUAAUUAAUAUAUAGACUGUAGUUUUCUUAUACACUUUGAUAGUCACCUCACUAUUGAAGUUAACGCAUAUAUUAAUAGCAUUUACUAAUCUAAGAGUUCUAUUUAUUCUAUUUCAGGUUAUCGACCUGUGAUUGUACCAUUAACAUUUUUAGUGACUAAUGUGAAUUCUGUAUAUGACAUUAAAAAAUAUGAGAUUUUAA